AUGAAUGGGGCGAGAUGGGUCAAGUGGUUAGAGCACGAAUUUACUGACCGAAAGGUCCGUGGUUCGAACCCGACCUCUGCAUCUCGACUUCCCCUGUCUAGGCUUGGGCAAACUGGCAGUAUCCCAGCCCUCGUGCCUCCUUCGUGUGACAUGGCAGCUAGGCACCGAAAAGGUUUGGUUUUCACGAGAGACUCAACCGAACCUCUCGUUUAUGAUAGUCUACAACCUAAUGUGCUGCACACAGGCCGCCUCCUGAUUCAGUUGGCACUAUAUUCGAGAUAUCGCGCCUGUGUGCAGCACAUUCAGUUGUGGGAUAUCAUAAACGAGGGAUUCAGUUGA